AGAGGAGAGAUAAUGUGUCAUAAUAACGAUACAGGGCUGAACAUACAGCAUCAUUUAACAGCUAGGGACAGAAAGAACAAGAAGCUCGUCAAGAAGUUGGCCAAGUCACAAGAUGCCUUCAUCACCUCUGAAGCCCUCAUCAAGCAAAUUCCUCGUUUGCUUGGUCCGGGGCUCUCAAAGGCUGGUAAAUUCCCAACUCCAAUCUCCCACUCAGAUGACAUCGAACAGAAGAUCAACGAUGUCAAGUCAACCAUCAAGUUCCAACUUAAGAAGGUUCUCUGUAUGGGUGUUGCUGUCGGUAAAAUUGACAUGGCUGAAGACGGAAAUCGUCGCCAACGUUGUCCUCGUUGUCCUCGCUGUCAACUUCCUUGUCUCCCUCCUUAAGAAGAACUGGCAAAACGUCAAGUCUCUCCACCUUAAGAGCACUAUGGGUAAGGCACACCGUCUCUUCUAGAUUAUUACUGGCGCUCGCAUGCGCACGCUUACACCUACAGGAAUUU